AUGAGAAAGAAGAGAACGGCCAAAGGGGAGAGGCGCGUCGCAGUCUACGUAGUGACUAUGCAGGUCUCCCGGCGGCUAGUGCAGCAGCUCGCGGCUCGAACCGCGUCACGCAAGGCCAAGAAGAUCCGGCAGAAGGAGCGCCGGGCGAAGGAGGCUGGCGAGCGCGCCGCGAGCGAGGCCGAGCGCGCGGAGGCCCCGCGCGCGCAGCUGCGCGAGAACAUCGAGUACGUGGUGGCCGGGCUGCGGUCUGCAGCUGCGCAGGCGCGCAGCCAGGCCGGGUCCAAUAUAGGGGUCGAAUACUCGCUGCCCCCGGAGAGGGACGACGGGUAUCGACGCGGCCCCAGCAAGGUGUACGCCACAGUUCCCCAGGGGACCGUGGCGACGACGGUCGCCCCGGACUGGCUCGCGAACGAGCUGGCCGAGCACGGAGAGAUCGAUGCGGCAUACCGCGACCGCAUAGUCAUGCACCUGAUGACGGCCGCCGGCGCCUCGGCGCCGGCCGACGCCGUGUUCAGGUUCACGGCUGGCGAGGCGAUGCAGACCGAGGACGACGACGAGGACGCCGACCGCUCCGAGGAGUAUUCCGACGACGGGAGGGUGUCCGACCUGUAG